CCUGCUCCUGCCUCUCCCCUUGCACACCCCUCAUCACCGCCUUCUCGUCUCUGCACGACACCUUGCCGGCGCCGAAGCGAUCAGAGCUGCAGCCACGCCUCGCCCGCCAUGUCGUCCUCUGACUUUGGCAGCUCGAGCUCCGGCUCCUCCGGCUCCUCCUCCUCCUCCUCCGACGGGCCGGCCACGCCGCCGAGCACGCAUGCAUCGCUGCCCGGCUCGCUGAAAGAGGCACGCGGUAGCGCAGCCGACAUCACCGACGGCGCUGCGCCGGCCGCUGCGCCGUGGCUCGAGCCGCACACCUUCCACACGCUGCGCACGCAGGCCCGCUUCCAGCAGCCGAGCGCCGACGCCUUCGACCACCCGGACCUGCAGGCGCUGACCGCCCCGCACAUCGAGUCCUUCAACGCGCUCUGGGCCGAGGACCCGAGUCUUGAUGCCGGCGGCGACCGCGGCGCCGCCGGCGCCAGCACCUUCUCGAGCCUUCCGCUGCCCGGCGGUGCUCUCGGCGAGGGCGUGGGCCUGCUGGCCAAGGCCCUGCAGAACCUGCCGCCGCGGGUGGUCUUUGAUGGCAAGGGUGCGAACGGCGAAGAGCUGCAGCCGGGGCCCGGUGUUGGCCGCGGCAACCGUCUGCAGAUCAGCAUCGACAGUGUCUCGCUCGGGCGGCCACAGGUCAGCGACCGCGCUCGCGGUGCAGUGGGCAAGAAGAUGUUCCCGAGCGAGUGCCGAGAGCGCCUGCGGACAUAUACUGCCAAGAUGACGGCGCGCGUCAAGUGGAGCGUCAACGGCGGCCCGCCGCAGCUGGAGGACCGCGACAUGGGCUUCGUGCCGGUGAUGGUCAAGUCAAAUCGCUGCAGCCUGCGCUCCCUCUCGUCGAAGGAGCUCGUCGCGGCCAACGAAGAGCCGCACGAGCUCGGCGGCUACUUCAUCAUCAACGGCAACGAGCGUCUCGUGCGCUUCCUCAUCGUGCCGCGCGCCAACCACGUCACCGCCAUCGAGCGGCCAUCAUUCGCCAACCGCGGUCCGUCGUACACGAACAAGGGCUGCUCGAUCCGCUGCGUGCACCGCGACGACCUGAUGAGCGUGACGAACACGGUGCACUACCUCGACAACGGCGGCGUGACGCUGCGCUUCAGUAUGCGCAAGCAGGAGUACAUGAUCCCCGUCGUCAUGCUGCUCAAGGCCCUCGUCAGCGCCACGGACAAGGAGAUCUUCAGCGAGCUGAUGCAGGGCGACUUUGGCAACACGUUCCUGGCCGACCGCGUCGAGCUGCUGCUGCGCGGCUUCAAGACGUACAGCCUCUGGACGGGCGAGCAGUGCCUGCAGUACCUCGGUGACAAGUUCCGCGUCGCGAUGGCUGUGCCCGACGACUGGACGGACUACCAGGUCGGCGCCGAGCUCAUCGAGCGCAUCCUGCUCGUGCACCUCGACACGCCGCGCGAGAAGUUUAAGCUGCUCACUUUUAUGAUGCGCAAGCUCUACUCGCUCGUCGCCGGCGACUGCUGCGUCGACAACCCCGACUCGCCGCAGCACCAGGAGAUCCUGCUGCCGGGCUUCCUUUACGGCCAGAUCAUCAAGGAGCGUCUGGACGAGUAUGCCAUUGCGCUGCGGGGCCAGAUUGCGCGCGAUGUGCGCACCAAGGCGCGCGGCAUCGACUUCUUCGACGGACGCUACAUCUCCAAGACGUUCUCCAAGGUCGUGCCGAACAUCGGCGGCCGCCUGUCCUCGUUCCUAGCCACGGGCAAUCUGAGCUCGCCCUCGGGCCUCGAUCUGCAGCAGACGAGCGGCUUCACGAUCGUGGCCGAGAAGCUCAACUUCUACCGCUACAUCUCGCACUUCCGCUGCGUGCAUCGCGGCGCGUUCUUCGCCGAGCUUAAGACCACGACGGUGCGCAAGCUGCUGCCUGAGGCGUGGGGCUUCCUCUGCCCUGUGCACACGCCCGACGGCUCGCCCUGCGGUCUGCUCAACCACUUCUCGCACUCGUGCCGCCUCAUCACGCGCACCAUCGACGCCUCGCACGUGCCGGGCCUGCUCACCUCGCUGGGCAUGAGCACGUCGUGGGCGUCUCAGGUCGACGGGCGCUCGCACGUCGUGGUGCAGCUCGACGGCGCCACUGUGGGCUACGCCACGCCGUCGCUGGCGCGCCACAUGGCCACUGUGCUGCGGUUGUGGAAGACGGAGGGUCUCAACGAUGUGCCGCUUGACCUCGAGAUCGGCUUUGUGCCGACGAGCAAGGGCGGCCAGUACCCGGGCCUGUACCUCUUCUCCGGCCGCUCGCGCAUGAUGCGCCCGGUGCGCCACCUCGCCAACAACCGGCUCGACAUGGUGGGCCCCUUUGAGCAGGUGUACCUCGACGUGGCAUGCCUGCCCGACGAGAUCGAGAAGGGCCUCUCGACGCACGCAGAGCUCAGCCCGACGAACGUGCUCAGUGUCAUUGCGAACCUGACGCCGUUCUCCGACUACAACCAGUCUCCGCGUAACAUGUACGCCUGCCAGAUGGGCAAGCAGACGAUGGGCACACCCAGCACGGCGCUGAACCACCGCACGGACAACAAGCUGUACCGGAUACAGAGCCCCCAGACGCCCGUCGUGCGUCCGGCGCUGCACAACCGCUACGGCUUCGACGAGGCACCCAACGGCGCCAACGCCAUCGUCGCCGUCAUCUCGUACACCGGCUACGACAUGGAGGACGCGAUGAUCCUGAACAAGAGCGCGCACGAGCGCGGCUUCGGCUACGGCACGAUCUACAAGAGCGAGAUCAUCGACCUCAAGGACAUCAAGGGCGCGACGUCGAGCAAGGCCGGCGCCGCGACGCUCCAUUUCGGCUUCGCCAACGACGUGCGGAGAGACCACCCGAACCGCGAGCUGCUGGACAUUGACGGGCUGCCGUUCCCCGGCGCGCGCCUGAAGCAGGGCUCGCCGUUGGCGGCCUACUGGGACGAGACAACGGGGCGCACCGACUUCAAGAAGUACAAGGGCGACGAGGUGGCCUACGUCGACACGGUGCGCCUCAUCGGCUCCGACACGGGCGACCACGAGCUGCAGAAGCUGCAGAUCGUGCUGCGCGUGCCGCGCUCGCCCGUCAUCGGCGACAAGUUCAGCUCGCGCCACGGCCAGAAGGGCGUGUGCAGUCAGAAGUGGCCCGCCGUCGACAUGCCGUUCAGCGAGAGCGGCAUGCAGCCGGACGUUAUCAUCAACCCGCACGCCUUUCCGUCGCGCAUGACCAUCGGCAUGCUCAUCGAGAGCAUGGCGGGCAAGGCGGGCGCCAUGCACGGCAUCGCGCAGGACUCGACGCCGUUUACCUUCUCGGAGGACGACACGCCGAUCGAGUACUUUGGCGAGCAGCUGCGGCGAGCAGGCUACAACCACGUCGGGCACGAGCCGAUGUACUCGGGCAUCACCGGGCAGGAGUUCCGCGCCGACAUCUACCUCGGCGUCGUGUACUACCAGCGCCUGCGUCACAUGGUCAACGACAAGUUCCAGGUCCGCACGACGGGCCCGGUGCACCAGCUGACGCGGCAGCCGAUCAAGGGCCGCAAGCGCGCCGGUGGCAUCCGUUUCGGCGAGAUGGAGCGCGACGCGCUGCUCGCGCACGGCACGUCGUUCCUGCUGCAGGACCGCCUGAUGAACUGCUCCGACUACUCGACGUCGUACGUGUGCCGGACAUGCGGCUCGAUCAUCUCGCUCGGCUACGACGACGCGGCGCUGGCGGGCGUGCAGACCAUCGACGCCAGCACGGGCGCCACGGCGGCGCCGGCGCAGCUCGGCCCCAACGGCGAGUACUGCCGCAUCUGCCGUGCCGAGGACGAGCUGCGGCGCGAGCAGGGCCAGGAGCCGCUCACGGGCCGCCGCAUGGCCAAGGGCGGCCAGGUCGUGCGCCUUGGCCCGGAGAGCCUCAUCAAGCGCGGCUCGGGCGGCCUCGAUGUCAUCGCCGUGCCAUAUGUGCUCAAGUACCUCGCUGCGGAGCUCGCGUCCGCCGGCAUGCGCAUCUCGUUUGAGAUCGCCUGAGCCAGUCUGCCCCUCAUUAUCUCGCUCCGCCCAUCCCAUGCUGCAUCCUCGCAAUGUCAUCGCUGUAAUCAUC